GGGUCAAAAGUCUUGGUUUUACAGACAAAUCUGGGCACCUGGCAACCCAGUCAACAAAGACAUCAAAAGGGAGAUUCGGCGUAAACAAAAAAGCGACGUUCAUCAAAAGAGGAAAUAAGUGAAAUUGAAGAGGCUUUUACAAUAAAUUUGUUCGCAUGAAUGUAUUUAACAAAAACGUAUUGAAAAGUGAACCCACACAGUUUGUUUUUUAAGGAAAUUCGAGAAAUUUCUCAUCGAAGCUCACCCCUUGUUCCGCAAGCAUGUCAGCCUCUCCUUUCCAUCAUUAUUCUUUAUACCCUGGGACGAAGAAGAUGCCACCACUCCGUAUUCGAAAUCCAAGCAUUUUACCCUCUCAAAUCAUGCCAUCACCUAGUGAAGUGCCAUUUAACGUAUCCGAUAUGCCCUGGAGUUAUGCCGGAAAACCUGGGCAACUAAUGGAGUUCAAUGCUGUAAUUCGACCUGGGCCUUAUCCAAUUAACCCUACCAGUUCAAUUCCCGUUUAUACCGAUCUUAGGAAGAGAAAACCAGAACCGGAAGUUGUCCCUAUUCCUCCUAAGCAGUUUCUUACUGAAGAAGCUAUGGCCUCGCAUUUCGAUAAUCUACAUUUGUCCUCCGAUUACACAUCGCAUAACAUCGAACCUACACAAACAACAUCUGGUGCCACUUCCCCGAUGUUUUCAGAAGAAGGACUUUCAACGCCAUCGUCUCUGGACGAUGACAUGUCUGUCAGCGGUGAGCCAUCCACCGGCCGGUCCUCCCACCACGUGUACAUGUCGCCCCAAGAGUUGGAAGAACGAUUGCGAAAGGCACAGCGAAUUACUAUUUGUGAGGAGGUGCGCAAGCUAGAUAAUCGAGGCGAAAUUUUACCCAAAGCUUUGCUAGAACGGUUCGAAAAACCAUGUACAGCUUUGGUUCUCUGGCAGCCUCCGGCCGCAUCGUCAAAUCUGGGUUCGGAGACAGAUGACGAGAAAGAGGAAAAGAAGCAACAGAAACUUGAUGUUUGCCAAAGCAGUAGCAUUGGUGAUAUGCAAAUGGGCGAAGAUGAAUCUUUGCCGGAUCUACCAGAUUACGAUGAUGAUCUUGAUUUCGAGGAAAAUAACAAUAAUAAUUCUGCGGUUGGUGAUUUUAACAGUAUGGAUGUGGAAAUGUAGUUGUUGACUGUAAUAACAUUUCGUUUCGAAUGUGAAGUGAAUGAUUUGUGAAAGCACGACUGGAACAUUAGAACUAUUAUUAUAACCCUAAGAUAAGGAUUUAGGUUAAGGAACUUAUUUUUCUUCGGUACUAUUGGCGAAAUAUAUAAGAAAA